CAAAAAAAAAAAAAAAAAAAAAAAAAAAAAAAUCCAAACUCCAAGACAGUCGUUUAUUUUUUUCUUAUAUGGCCUGCUCAUUCCCACAUUCAUGGCACCAUGGUCCGUAGCCCAUACAAAGUCGCCGCUCAUUCUUUCCUCACCCUUUGCUCUCUUCACAAGCAAAAUAUCCCCAAAUCUCUCCACUCUUUCCCCAAUUUCUCAUAUACUUUUUUCUUCAAUUAUCUUCAACUUAAUCAAUCCAACAGUCAAAACAGAGUCUUUAUCUUUAAUCACCGAUUUUAUUUUCUGAUUAAUUUCUUGGAGAAGGAAGUUCAGGGAUAUGUCUAAAUUCGAAGGGGUUCUUGUGUCUGAUCAUUGGCUUCAAAGCCAGUUUACACAAGUUCAACUUCGUAGUCUUAAAUCCAAGUUUAUAUCAUCAAAGAAUCAAAAUGGUGAAGUUACAGCUGCAGAUUUGCCUGUUUUGCUUGCAAAGUUGAAGCCUUUUAAUGAGAUGUUUAAGGAGAAUGAGAUUUCAGAUUUGUUGUCUAAAUCUGGUUUGGAUAUGAGUAAUGGGAUUGACUUUGAAGGAUUCUUGAGGGCUUACUUGAAUCUACAUUCACAAGCGGCUGCGAAAUUGGGUAAUUCGAAUAACUCGUCUUCGUUUUUAAAAGCCACAACGACGACUCUACUUCACACCAUUGAUGAAUCCGAGAAAGAAUCGUAUGUUGCGCAUAUCAAUAGUUAUCUUAGAGACGAUCCGUUUAUGAAGCAGUUUCUUCCCAUAGACCCAGCUACCAAUGCCUUGUUUGAGCUAGCUAGAGAUGGAGUUCUUCUAUGUAAACUUAUUAAUGUUGCGGUGCCUAAUACGAUAGAUGAACGGGCUAUUAACACGAAACGAGUGCUCAACCCGUGGGAACGAAAUGAAAAUCAUACUCUUUGCCUUAACUCUGCUAAGGCUAUAGGAUGUACGGUAGUAAAUAUUGGCAACCAGGAUUUGGUCGAGGGAAGACCUCAUCUUGUUCUUGGCCUAAUUUCUCAGAUUAUAAAGAUACAACUCCUGGCAGAUCUCAACCUUAGAAAGACACCUCAGCUUGUGGAAUUGGUGGAAGACAACAAUGAUGUUGAGGAGCUAAUGGGAUUAGCACCUGAGAAAGUCCUACUAAAAUGGAUGAAUUUCCAUCUUAAAAAAGCAGGUUACAAAAAACCUGUCACCAACUUCUCGUCUGAUCUAAAGGAUGGAGAAGCAUAUGCUUACCUGCUUAACGUUCUUGCACCAGAACAUUGCAGCCCCGCCACUCUAGACACCAAGGACCCCACCGAAAGGGCAAAUCUGGUACUCGAGCAUGCUGAAAAAAUGGACUGUAAACGUUACUUGGCUCCCAAGGAUAUCGUUGAAGGCUCCACAAAUUUAAAUCUUGCAUUCGUUGCACAAAUAUUCCACCAAAGAAAUGGUUUAUCUACUGAUAACAAAAAGAUAUCGUAUGCCGAGAUGAUGACCGAUGAUGAAGAAAUGUCUAGAGACGAGAGAUGUUUCCGACUUUGGAUUAAUAGUCUCGGGAUUUCUUCUUACAUUAAUAAUUUGUUUGAGGAUGUCCGAAAUGGAUGGACACUUCUGGAAGCUGUAGAUAAGGUUUCUCCAGGAUCGGUUAACUGGAAGCAUGCAACGAAACCUCCGAUCAAGAUGCCGUUUAGGAAAGUUGAGAAUUGCAAUCAAGUUAUUAAGAUCGGGAAGCAGUUGAAGUUUUCGCUUGUUAAUGUAGCGGGAAACGACUUUGUACAAGGGAAUAAAAAACUUAUACUCGCUUUCUUGUGGCAGUUGAUGAGGUUUAAUAUGCUUCAACUUUUGAAAAACUUGAGAUCGCGUUCUUCACAGGGGAAGGAGAUAACAGAUGCGGAUAUUUUGAAAUGGGCGAAUAAAAAAGUGAAAAACACAGGCCGAAUGUCGCAAAUGGAGAGUUUUAAGGAUAAGAGCCUUUCAAAUGGUAUUUUCUUUCUUGAGCUUUUGAGUGCGGUGGAGCCCAGGGUGGUCAACUGGAACCUUGUAACCAAGGGUGAAAGCGACGAGGAGAAGAAGUUGAAUGCAACUUACAUAAUCAGUAUUGCGCGAAAGCUUGGGUGCUCAAUUUUCUUAUUGCCAGAAGACAUCAUGGAGGUGAACCAGAAGAUGAUGCUUAUGCUAGCAGCCAGUAUAAUGUACUGGAGCCUUCUGCAAUCUACAGAUGACUCGGAAUCAUCACCUUCAUCUGUUGCAGCAACACCAGAAGCAUCACCAGCACCGUCUGUUAAUGGAGAUGCACCAUCUGUUAAUGGAGAUGACGGCUCCGAAUUCUCUAUGGGUGCUGAAAUUGCCAAUCUGUCCAUUGAUGAUGCAGCAUCUGAUACUACAGUCUCUUCAACUCAUGAAAACAAUGAUACUCCUUUACAGUGAUAUAUUCUUUUAUUUGUAAGUAACAGAAGAGAAGGCGAGAAGAAGGUAUACAUAAGUUUUGGUAAGAAAAACUAGGUACAACAAUGGGUUAUAAUUUUUUUUUUUAACUGAAAUAAGUUGUACAUUUUUCAUGCAAUUAAAGUUCAGUUAAAAGAUAUAUGUUCUAAUUUUUUUAUUU